GACAGCUGAGAAUUUAUUACCCAGAACAAGACUAUGGACUAGUAGAUAAAGGUAGAGUCUUCCUCAGAUCGUUCUUAACUCCUGGUGACUAUUUGGACAUGUUCUUGUUGCUUUUUUGAAAACAAAAUGGAGGUGGUUUAUUAUUUUAUUUUUCUGGGAUUUUUUUUCAACUGCCCCAAGUGGAUCUAAGUCUAGAGCUGUAAAGUACUAAUGAGGCAUGGUCCUAGUUAGCUUCUAACAGCCAAGAAUGCAGGUGGCAGAAUUUGGUUGUUUUCUGGGCUCAGAAAUUUAAGUAGGAGCAGGAGAGGGCAAGUCAAGUCUCCCUUGAUGUUACUGGCUGGCCGCUGAAUAUUAUUUUGGCAUCAGUGAAGAGGACUAUGUUUUCUUCAGGGCCCCCGGCUCGCUACAGGACAUGCUGUGAGUCCUCUCAGCUGUGACCUCCAACACUGUAUUGGCCCUCCUUGCUCUCCUAUGCAGCACACUAAAAUAUAGAAUGCAAUUUUCUCAAAAGUGGGAGAAAAAAUCAGGGUUUUUCAAGCAUCUGUAUGGGACAGGAAAUGCAAAAGAUCCAUGAAGGUGUGUUAGCUAAGAAUCUCUGAGAGGAGAGAGAGACACAAGCCAAGUGCCACCACAGAAAAGGCCUUUUCUUUGGAAGCUGAAAUGGCAGGAACAUCCAGAGCUGGCAUUUUACUACAAAGUGUACAGAGAUUACAACUCUCAGAAUUCCCAGCCAGCAUUCGGAGAACACCAGAGUUGGAGGCAGAAUUGACAAGCUGGUGUCUUCCAGGCUUUAUCAUUUGCAGAAGAAAGUUCUAAGAAAGGACAAUGGAUUACUCCAGUCAGGAUUCUGUCCCACAAUAUAUAGAGUCCUCCCAUUUGCAAGCAAACGAUGACUCAGACCUUUUCUUUACUGGUCCUGAGGGAGUUGAUUCCAAUGCUGUGCCCACUUAUUUCUCUCGAAUGCCUGAAUCCUACAGACACUCUCCAGUGCGGCAAUUAUACCCUCUUCUCAAUGGUUUGCAAUGGGGGGAUGGCCAUCCCUACAGCACAGCGGCCUGGGUCUCCAGUGCCUCUGGGAAAACCCAUGCUGGGCUUCCAAUCUAUACCUCUGCCUCAUCCUCCUACCAGACCCUGCAUGCGCCACCCUCUCCCAAGGACCUUCCCCCCGAGGACAAGAGCAGCCCCAGAUAUCUGGAGAUGUUGAAGACCGAACGGAUCAGCCCCAUUCAUGCUGAACUGCUGCCCCUCGGGACCUCACCUGGCACAGCCCACACUCCUUACACUAUGGGACAGGAGUAUGGAUACUUUCCGAUGCCUGGAAGCCCCCUGACAGCUGGAUAUUCCCCCAAACUCCGGGGGACAACGCAGCUCUCCCCCACUGAGGCACGUGAGUGUGUGAACUGUGGAGCCACAGCCACCCCCCUGUGGAGAAGAGAUGGCACUGGCCACUAUCUUUGCAAUGCCUGUGGGCUCUACCACAAGAUGAAUGGCCAGAACCGGCCCCUCAUUCGGCCCAAGAAACGUCUGAUUGUCAGCAAGCGAGCUGGUACCCAGUGCAGUAACUGCCAAACUACCACCACCACCCUCUGGCGCCGCAACAUGAAUGGAGAACCUGUGUGCAACGCCUGCGGCCUCUAUUACAAACUGCACAAUGUGAACCGCCCCUUGGCCAUGCGCAAGGAUGGGAUCCAGACACGGAACCGCAAGGUGUCCUCAGCCAAGUCCAAAAAGCGCAAAGGGAAUUCUGGGGAAGCCACAAUUGCUGCAACCACACCCUUGGAGAUGAUGCCAUCUUCCUUAAUGGGGGAAGAAGCUGCUGCCCUCUACCCUCUCAGCCCCAUGAUGCUACCAGGACAUUUGCUCCCUUUUGGCACCAAUCCUCACUUUCUAGGAUCUCCAGCAAGUUUUCCUCCACAGGCUUCCCCUGCCCCACAUGGUUCUCCAGGAGUGGUCUCUGCUCUGGGGUAAACAGCCUUGUAGCAUGUGCGUGCACACCCACCCACUUUUAUGUACAGAGACUUUGGGACACAUGUAGGGAGAAGAUUCUCCUAAACAAGGAUAACCUUUUGGAGUAGCUCUAUUAACUGUUUGCAGUUUGGGCCCCUUGAAAAUGGUCCCUAUGGGUGAGAACUGUGAUCCCCCAGCUUACCAGAGCAGACAGAAAGGUACAAUGGGGUAAUUCACAUAAAUAAGGGAAGAAGUGGUGAUAAAGGGGCAAAACUGUUUUGAGAAGGGAUCCUUUAGAAUGGCCAACGUGGAAUGUUGGAGUGGAAAGUUGCCUCCGUGGAGAAAAUAAUUACUGGCAAUACAAAAAACAAUGAGGGAAAGAAUUAGGUUCACAACCUGGUUCCCAGGAUCAAGGAUUUUAUGUGUGAAAAUUGAUUUGUUUGUUUGUUAAUCCAGAAAAGCAAAGUAGUGAGUCCUGAAAGUUUUGCCAUUUUAUCAUCCCCCUUCCUCAACCGUUUGUGCCAAUUAGGAUGCAGACUGAAGUGAGCUAAUAAUGCCUCUAAUCCAUCUUGCUACCCCCAUCUAUAAAUAACCUUUGUCCAGUUCCAUAAAUAUUUUCUUUCCUACCCAUUCUGCAAGAUACGCAUUAUAACCCAGAUGAGUAUCUCUAACUCCAGGGACAAUCUGUACCUGCUUGUCCUUACAAUUAAGUAUCUCUUGAUGUGUCAUUUGUGAGAGCGCUCUGCGUGUGAGUGGAUGUUUCACCCUGAUUGCAUGGCUGUAGAUCCAUCCCAAGAAUUUCCCCACCACCAACUCCACCACUACCUCCACUUGGCUCAGUGAACUGGUCCGUCAAUAGCAGGAAGCAUCAUUCUGUACACUACCAUUGACUUCAUGUUGGGAAGGCACACCAAUACAGAACUCCAGUCUGUUGCUUCUGAAAACGAGCGUCUUGCUGACUCCAGUUGCCACCUGAAUGGAGAACCGACCCUGCCUUUUUCAUUUAGUCAUUCACUUUUGGUCCCAUUUUAACUUCCCUAUCUAUGAUCAAGUCUCCUGUGCUUUCCAUCCAUUAUAUUUCUCUUUCAUUCUUUUCUCACCAUACCAACCCGUUCAGAAACACAUCUGCCCAACAUCACCAUAUUCUUCCCUUGAUAAGUUGUAUUUGCUGCGCUCUCACCUCUGAAACACUGCGAUAGAAGAAAGGAGGGAACAUGCCAUGUUCUGACUAAGGUACUUAUAGGAUUUGCCUUUGCUGGGUUUAUAUAUUUGCCCCUGGGCUUGUAUGAAAAUUUUCCUUCUUUAUUAACAACGGAGGGACAAGGUUGAAAUGCAUUUUCUGCAAAGCCAACUUCAGCACGGCAUGAGGGAAGUUCUUCCAAAGAAUGCCAGUUUUCUCUUAAGUGUCUUCUGAAAUUUAUUUGUACUAUUAAAUUUAUGUUUUAAAUGAAAUCUCACUGGGAAAGGGGAAGUAUUCUCCUCCCCCCCCCCGUGAUGCAAAAGGAAUGCUAUUCCAUGAUAUUCUUAUGAUAUUUCCAUGAAAAUUCAAACGGCUUUCUCAACUGACAGAUUAGCAUGGGGCAGGACCCAAAUGAAAGUCGCCUUGUCCAAAUCUAAUGGGAGAUGCCUGAAAUGUUAGUUGGCAACCCUGAUUUCUGGUAGGCAAUAAUCGUAUUAGCUAGACAAAUUGUUUUUGGUAAGUGGGAAAACAUGGUCCUUUAUAAUGGGCUUAUUCAGCCUAUAACCUCCGAAGGUUUGGGCACUAAGCACAGACAGCCAAUGCAGAGAGAUGCUAUCUGCACCUAGAAGGCUACACUCAUGGCUGCUACAUUGCGUUGGGCUGGAUGGAUUUCAGCUGGCAUAGCUCUAAAACAAAGAAUAGUCCAGAUAUCCUAACUUCCCCCACUGCAUCCCCAGAACUCAGAUUUUUCUUUAAUUCAGCAGGUGGCACAGUACAAAAAUCAGUGCUAUGGAAUACAAUCUUCAUUGGAAGUAUCAUCCACACUGAACUUAUUGACAUGCAUCAGAACACUGAUUUCCUCUGCAUCUUCCUCCCACUCCCACCUCCCAUGUUAUACAGGUAGUCCUUGACUUACAACCAUUUCUUUAACAACCAUUCAA